AUGCCUGGUCUGCCGGCCAGCGUAGACCUCGACGAAUGCAUCGACCGGCUGUAUCGCAAGGAGCUCCUCGCCGACUCGGUCAUCGAGGCCAUCUGUGCCAAGACCAAAGAGUUGCUGAUGAAGGAGAGCAAUGUCGUCCACAUUCUGUCGCCGGUGACGGUCGUGGGCGACAUUCACGGCCAAUUCUUUGACAUGAUUGAGAUAUUCAAGAUUGGUGGCUACUGUCCGGAUACCAACUAUCUCUUCCUUGGCGACUACGUCGAUCGCGGCCUCUUUAGCAUCGAGACCAUCUCUCUGCUCGUCUGCCUCAAGCUCCGCUAUCCCCAGCGCGUGCACCUCAUCCGCGGGAACCACGAGUCGCGCGGCGUGACACAGUCAUAUGGCUUCUACACCGAGUGCAGCCGCAAAUACGGCAACCCGGCCGUCUGGCAUUACUUCACCGACAUGUUCGACUAUCUCUCCCUCUCCUGCGUCAUCGAUGAUAAGAUCUUCUGCGUCCACGGAGGUCUUUCCCCCAGCAUACACAGCAUAGAUCAGAUAAAGAUCAUCGAUCGAUUCCGCGAAAUCCCACACGAAGGACCCAUGGCCGAUUUGGUAUGGUCUGACCCAGAUGCGGAACGUGACGAGUUCAGUCUCAGUCCGAGGGGAGCGGGCUAUACAUUUGGAGCGCAGGUGGUCAAGAAGUUCUUGGAGGUGAAUAGCAUGACCCACAUACUUCGAGCCCACCAGCUUUGUAACGAAGGCUACAUGGUCAUGUUUGAAGAUCGACUAUCCACAGUUUGGAGUGCGCCGAACUAUUGCUACCGAUGUGGCAAUCUGGCCAGCGUGUUAGAAGUUGGGCCUGGCGGAGAACGCAAAUGGAAUGUUUUUGAUGCGGCGCCGGAGAAUGAGGCCCAUCGACUGGAACAACAACAGCAGCAGCAACAGCAUGCUGGCUCUGAUCCGGUUCGGGACUACUUUCUUUGA